UUCGACAGUGGCAAACAUACCAACACCACUGUCAUUUAAAGGGUCUAAAGGUAGCGAGCGACUACUAGCACAGAGCAGAUACAAAAUAUACCGCGUCAGGGGUAUCAUAUUAGUAGCUAUUUUCGACGGAGGAAUGUGACUAUAAUCUGUAUACAGAAUCUCGUCACACGUAAGCGGCAACGACAAUAGAAGCGUUGUGCACGUGUAGUAACUUUAUUCACUAGCAUCGCUUCGGAUAUCCUAACGGGUAAUGUCCGUGUACUUGACACAAGCGCUUUUGUUAUAUUUGUGUUGAGUCAGAUGCGCUCACCUUCUGCUAACCAACAAACACACUUGAUAAAUAACAAAGGAGUGAUCAAUUGCCAAUCUGGCCUUUGACUUCUUAAAGCCUGCCGGUAUGGGGGCCAACGACGGUACAGACGCUGAUAUAUCGUCUAUGGCUAUGGAUCGUCCUAAAUUGAAACGCACGCCUGGGCUGGUACACGCCCCGGGCAGGUGUGAUGAUGAUCUCACGCCGUCUGAAGGGCGACCCACAUGGUUUGAGGAGAUGAUCAACCGCAUGGAGAACACGUUUGUAUACGUUAAAGAUCGCGAUGGAUUUUACAUGCUGGUUAACGACAACUUUGCAAGACAGUUCAAUAUUGUGGAUACGUGGAAAGGGGCCACGGAUGCAACAUUUUUGCCAGAGGCUGUCGUCAAGCAGUUAGCUAUUAACGAUAAAGGCGUGAUGGAGUCCCGCGAAGACCAGGAGAUUUUGGAAGAAGUCCCCUUUCCGGGUGAAGGAUGUCGUACCUUCAUGUCUUGGAAGUUUCCGCUGUACGCCCCUGACGGUACCGUGCGUGCUAUGGGAGGCAUUUCCAUUGAGCUGGAGAUGGUCGAGUUCUUGCGAAUGAAAACGAACUAUAUGCACGGUAUGCUAAAGUCAGUCGUGGAAUCGGGCUAUCGCAUUGAAUGGCCUAGAGGUCUAACUAUGCCACGUCUCAUGAAUGGAGACUCGACUGUGCGGAGAUAUGGGCUAGUUACGGAGCGCGAAUCAAAACACAGUGGGCGUGUUCACCGGAAGAUGAAAAGCAAGUUCACAGAUAUCACAGACGCCGAUCCUGAAGAUAGGGAUGCGCUUAUGCAGGAGCAGAAUACUGCUUCUGAUAGUGGUUCGGGUAGCGAUCCUGGUGAUCAAUUAAGAAAAAGUAUUGGCGAAAGUAGCGAUAGCAGUGGGAGGCACCAUCAUAAAAAUGAAGGGGAAAUGGACGCGCAGAUAAUAUCAGCUCUGGAAUCAUCGAGACCAACGGGGAGCAUGUUUGGAAGAGGCACGGUGCUUCGGAGUGACCACAUGCUGUACUUGAAGGACGAGAGUGGUAGAGUUCUGUGCAAAAGUAAAGGUUGGAAGACCUUCGAAGAUCUCAUCUCAAAGAAAGACACCGACCCGCCGGUCACAGAAUCAGAGGCCUCUGUACUCCGAGAAGGUGGGUACCUGGAAGAUGACGAAGUGCAAAUCAUGGCAGACGGCACCUUCAAGUGGCUGCACGCGUACUACUUUCUUAUCAACGGCACGCACGUGUUUAGUGUGACAGGAUUGGAUAUCAAGAUGCCCCCGAAGAGCAGAAUUGUGUGCUGUGUGAAAAGCGAUAUCACCUCCACCAAACAACGCAUCAACCAGCAGAAGGAUAUUGUCAGAGCCCUAAUGCAAUGGUGGAAGCUAAUAGCCGAUCCGAAGCCAAAGCCUAAAGGGAUCAAGAAUUCGAUAGCUUCAAUCGAGACCUUCCUUUUCGACACCACGGAGGAUGAAGAUGUCAACACUCUAACCGCCCCGAACUUUCCUCUGUUCGACCAAAACAUCGGCCAUAGACGGGAAAAAGGACCCAUAGUCCAUCACUCUGCCUUAUUGGGUCAUGACGAUGAUUUCAGCAUCGAGGGAGAGGCACGUGGUGUGGUUGCCAUGGAGACAACCAAUGCCGGUGCCAAGCGUUCGUACACGAUGUCCGGUAUAGCAGGCGAGCAAAUGGACUCAGAGGCCAAGCGCGCGAGUGUGAGUUUAUUAGAACCCUCCCGGAGCGUAGCCAACUCUAUCCAGGACUUGUUCUCGUAUGCCAUAGACCCUAAACAGCACGUGACGAAUGGGAACAUGACCCGCGACAAUUCUGGGAAUGUGACUAUGAGUGUAGAUCUGCCAGGGCACGUGACUAUGUCGGUCACCCAGGCGCCUGGGCGUUCCUCAAGCACACGCAGAUUCGGUGGCAAGAACCUUAACAUGGGCAAUAAGAACUCGAGCCCACGUACGUUCCCACAGCAGUCGCUGGACAGUGCCGUAAGCGUCAGUGGAAAGUCUGCUAUGGACACGUUGUAUUCUGCUGCUGUACCACGCAUGCCGGUUGCGCCAGUCGGCGGCCCACGUUCUCUCAACAACGGCCUUAACCUCUCAGACAAAGGCAACAGCUCUGUCAGUAUCACACACUCUGUCCAUGACAGCCCCUCCCUUCAUGCUAGUACCAAGGGCUCCAUGGCGAAUAUCCUACAGGAGAGAGAGCAGCAGCAGAAACUGCACGUGAUGAACAGCACGGAUAGUCUGAGCCAUCAUAUCUCACAUCUGGGUGUAAAUUCGAGCGUGCCGUCUACUCUGAGUGGUGGCCGCGGGAAUAACAGCAGCAUCGCUGGCUUUCACAGCAAUAGCGAUAGUAGCUCAUUCAACAGCAACAGUAACACAAACAAUAACAGACGCAUUGGGGCCGAUAAUUUCGGUCACAAUAUCUUCCGAAGUAAUCACAGUGGCAAUAACAACAACUACAACCGAAACGACGCGAGCGAUAUUGACAGUGGUACGCACGACAACGACUUGUACGCCAGUAAUAGUAUGAGCAAUAUGAACAUGUUGUCCAACACCACCAACACCAACAGCAACAAUAGCAUCAACGUAAACAUGAACAUGAAUGACAACAGCGACAGCUCGGGCAUAAAUAACAAUGGCAACAACAGGCGUAUCAUCCACAAUCCGCUUUCACGCGAUGAUUCAUAUCACCAAUCACAGCACAGCGGCAGCUUCAACCAGUUCUCCCAGGCACAAAGCCAGCGAAACAAUGGAGACAGCACUACGAAUAGCACCUUUGCAACGCCUAAUUCGUUGACCCGGAGUGUACCUUUGCCUCCAGCUGCGAUGAAUGUACGCGGCAGUGGGCACAACAACACGAAUGAUGGGUGGGAUACGCAUGGCAAUGGACAGUCUGACCGAUACAGUGCUGAUUCUAAUGAUAUAGGUAUGGGCAACGGUAGCUAUAACAAUGUGGGCAACAGAAGUAGGGCCUACAGCAACGACAAUGAUAACUAUGGCGGUAGUAGGAAUAACCGGUUUCAGCGGUAUUCCUUAAGCGGUAACAACCAGGGUGAUGGCGACUACAACGACAACGAUCCUAACAUGGGCAGCAACAAUAGUAAUAGCAUGUAUCACAGCAAUGAUAUGAAAAACAGCCAUAGCAUGAAUGACAGCAGCUUUGGCAACCCAAACAACGACACCAUCAGCGCACACGAAUUGGCUGCGAAUGUGAUGGCGAGGAUGAGUUCAGAUCAUUCUACGGGGCAACGUCGACAGUCGCAGAUCACAUCCCGCAUGUCACAGGUCAACUCCAAUUCGCAAUAUUCGCAGGCGGAUAUGUCGAUGGGUGGCUCACACGCCGACAUGAACAGUGGCAAUGGGAAUGAUAACAACCGGGGCCAUAGGAACAACGCUGGUAUGCACACAAACAGCGGUAGCAGGAGUUCGAAUCACCGAAACAUGUCUGACAAUGCGCACUCGCCAUCGGAUACGAAUGGCAGGUUCGACAGCUGGCAAGAGCCGCAACAACGGCUUGUGGGGCAUUCUGACUCCGACGAGCACGAGCACGAAGAACGUUCACAACAGACACAGAAGGACAAACAAAGUGCUGGCUCCAAUGGCACGGGCAAGGCACAGUCAAGUGAUGCGAAUGCCAAGCCUGCGGCCAGGAGGGAGUCGUCCUUGGUUAAAAAUGAACUAAGUAGGGGCAAGGUCAAACGCCCAGAGACGCUCAAGCAGUUCGUGGCCUAUGCUGAGAACAUCGCGGUACCGCUGACUGCCGAAGAAUUGAACCAAGCUCUAGAGAAGGCUGUGCAGUUCGGAACUGAGAACGUUUAUACACACCGCUUCAAUACCGGUAUCAGGCGAAUCCAAGGGGACACACCGGAUUCAUUGCGAGGUCAGUUCAAUCUGUGCCAACAGAAUCUGGCGAAGGACAACACAAACAGUGAAAAGUCUUUCGAUAUCAUCAGUUCGGGUACGGCGCAAACGUGGUUCGCGAAAUUUCUGCCGCACAUACAACCACCUGGGUUGGUGAGUAGGGGUAAUAAGGGUAAGAAGAAGAAAUAGGGUGUUACGACUCUUCGCGGACACCAAAUAUGGAAUGGCGUGGCGUGGCGUGGCGCGUAUUUUAUCGUCGUAUGUUGUCGAGUAUUCCAUCAAGACUAAGAGACUGCACUCGCAUUCCGGGCGGAGGACCUCAACCUCACGCUCUGCCACAAUCAUACCCGAAAUAAGUUCAUGCCGGUCUGUGGCCGCGUGUUCAAGAUGUUGAUAGUAUUGGGCCAGUAUGACUCAGACUGGAAACAUCACAUUCACAUGCUCUCGCUACUUUGUGAGAUACACAUACAGGCGGCUACCGUAGCAGCCGUAUGCAACGCAUCGUCCCUCAAUAAAAGUAUGUAUAUGUUCAAGAGACCUGGAGAUUGGCGAGACAUGCAACUGCCCCCGGAUUAGAGGUGAUCGUGACAAGGAUCGAGGUAUAUCAUUUGUACGCAACUCUAGAAAGGUCGGAAACUCGGCGACGACUUCUUACAGAUGUGAUGGAAAUUAACCGUUGCAAACAAACAGAUGAAUUAGAACCCCUCCGCCACCCAGCACCUGCGCGUGUGAUGCAUAAGAAUUCUUAUAUAUUGCAAAGCACAGCGUAACAAAUUCAUCCCAGACACAGGCAAGCCUCGCACGAUGAGGUGAUGGACCACACAACGAGAGAGUUGAGUUACACUCUCAAGUUUUGAGUAAGAAGUUGAGUAUUUACUGAAUAUACUGUGUGUUUUUCAAGGACUUUGAAUAAACCUGGUGUUAUUCAAGGACUCGACUGUAGAGCAAUCGUUAAGUUCAGCGGACAGUGAGCCGUGAUGAAUUUGUUUAUAAUAAACGAGAAUUAAAUCUCUAUUUAAAUGCGUAAUUUUUGUGCAGGUCGGA